GGUAUUUUGUCUUGUUUCGUCCCCGAAUCGAAUUCAUCAAGAGUUCUUGGAGAUUUCUUAUCACGCAUUCAACUUCUUUUUAAAUAUAGUCUAUUAUAGAAUAUGGAGAAUCCAGUUUUAAUCCAGAAAGCCCCUCGGCGAUACAAAUCUGCAAUUCCAUUAUUCCUAUUUCAUGAUGGUGGUGGAACGGUUUUACCCUAUUACUUCCUUGAAAGCUUAAACCGCAACGUAUGGGGAGUAUCAUAUCCACACCUCAAUGAUGGCGGUACUUUUGAACAUGGUAUCAAAGGAAUGGGUGAGUUGUAUGCUGGAUACAUCCGGGGUAAAGUCUCCAGAGGCAAAGUCCUACUUGGUGGUUGGUCUGCGGGCGGGUCAAUAGCGAUUCAAGUUGCAAAGUGCUUGGAGAAUAUUCCAGAACUUUGUGUCGCUGGAAUAAUCUUGUUAGAUACGCCAUUCCCUGAUUUUCCGGACUGGCGACCAAAGAAUUCACCACCAGUUCAGUUUCAUAUUCCAGUCGUACCGGAUCAAACAGCAAAGAGUAGAUUGGCACAGCAGCAAGCUGUGAAUGAUAUUAUCCAUGCGCUCUCAGUCUGGGAGUUGCCAACUUGGGAAAACGGAAGACGACCGCCACCCGCUGUUUUUAUAAGGGCACUCAAGGUAGUACCGACAGAGAAGGUUGUAGAGGUCGACUGGUUUCGUGAAGAAUAUGCUUUAGGUUGGCAAAAGUAUCCGUACAACUUUAUAGUUGAAGAGCUUCGAGUUGACGGUGAUCAUUUUAGCAUCUUCACUCCUUCAUAUCUACCGGAGUUGAGUACGAAAUUGAGGGAAGCUCUGGAUCUGCUAGAUUCCAAACCAGAGACUGGCAUAUUACUGGAUUCCAAGCUGAAUAGUAGCAUAGUAAUUUCGGCUUUAUGAAUAGACACAAUUAAAACACCAGGAUAAACGUUCUUGACGUCGAAGUUGGCACAGUUUUGAAUUUCAACCUUGAGGAGGCUUGGCGAUUAGUCAUGGCAUGAGAGUAGCUGGAAACGUGGAGGGAUAUUCAUAUGCAGACGCGAAUACUUGUAUUUUUAUUAUAUAUUAUAUUGCCUAUAGAUUACAAAAAUCUAAGUUUAAGAAUAUUGCAUGAGACUACAAUAAUGAAGCCAAGAUUGAAUACUUUGUUCGAUUCUA